AGCGUCCCUCCAGACCCCGCCAGGUGAUCGAUGGAGCUCCAUCUCUUCACGUGAACAUCAGUGAAACUCAAGAGUGAGGAGGGACAUUGGUCUGACCUUGGAAAACCCAUGACGACGAACCAGGAAACCAUCAGUGCAGGGUCCAAAGACUGACACGUGAUCCGCGGGGUACGUGGACAAACAUCACGUGAUGUCCAACAAAGGUAUUCGUUGAGUCAUUUGACAACACUCUCUCAUCCAACCAAGGGCACCCAGGGGAACUGCGACGCUUGUACGCUUCUAUAACAUCGAAUAAGGAGUUCCUCGUUCCUUCUCAAGAAGAAUGGCUUCAGCAUCCGUACCUGAUCUACACAUGGAAAGGUCAGAAGAAUGGAAGGAGGUCAGGAAGGAAAUGCAUCGAGCCAUAGCGGAGAGAGAUGAGACCCGUGUUCUAAAGUGCCUGGAUGGUGUGCCUGACCUGAAACUGUGGUUAGACCCUGAUGAAGAUGUCUCUGCUCGCUACAAAGCUAUUGAAGAGAAAGCUUUCCGCAUUCAUGGUCUGCUAGUCUCGCGUGAAUGUCUACUCAAGGACACAGGAGAAUCAUCGUGUUACGAAGAUCUCACACCUCUUGGACGCGCUGAAAUUCGACGACAGCGGUAUUACACCACAGAAUGCGUGGACUCCUACAUCGACUAUCUGAAAAGCAAAUCACGGAGCGUCACCAGAUGUGAUGACUUCAAUGAGCGAUUGGAGAAGAUGUUCGAGCACCUCUCCAGUGACGAAUUAAACAGGAAUAUUCUGAAAGUGGCUGCAACAGCACCGCACCUGGAAGUAGUAUUCGACUACAAGAGUGAAAGCGUUCAGCGGACUACGGGAUGCUGGGAUAGACACAACCUCGGCCUCACUUUCUACAACGAACAGAGAGUUUUCGUCGGGGCCAGCACUGAAGAAGCCGUAACCCGCGGGACGCUCCUUCACGAGUUAUGUCACAUGGCACUUUGCCUAGUGUAUCAUAAUGAUGGCAAGCCUUAUGUCAGCGGGGAUAUGGAGAAGGAACAGCAAUAUGGAGCCAUUGUGAACGACAUAAAACGAAGGAAAAAAGAGCUGAAUCUUCUUAUCCAACAAGCUGUCUCCCGUAAUGAAGAACAAGAGCUAAUUGUACGGAUUCCUCACAUACUGGCCCAAUAUGGUUGCGACGAUGCAAAUAGGGUUCUGGAACGGGAAGUACCGGAACUACGAAAUUUUUUCGAGGAACAUGUCAUCCCAGACAUGCGGGAAUACAUUCAGAAUGGAAUCCCAUCCAUAGAUGCAGCACAGAUAGAAAAGGAAAACGCGAGACUGAACAAAGCUUUCAAAACUGACAAUCUCAAAGUGCAAUUCGAGAAACCACUAAAGAAGAGUGUCUGGAAAGAGGGGUCGCUUCACGUAUUUACGGGUUCAGAACUGAGGCUUCUCGAAAUAAUGGUUCACAACGCUGUGCAAUUUACGGGAAGGCCAUACUUGUUUUUCGAAGCGAACCAAUUUGACUCCACUCUGGAGGAUGUGUUACUAGACUACAAAUGUGCAUUUGUGCUAGUAUCCGUCCAUCCAAACGAAGACGUCCGAAAGGUGAUUAAACUUCUCAGUGAAGUAUCCUGUGCUACUGGAUCAAAAGUCCUUUUGCUUGUGGAACACACUGGCGAAGAAUACUUGCUGAAACAAGUACAAGCAGAAGCAUUCUUUGCGAAGAGACACAAAGAUCACAGGAUCGACGAAGCAAGCUUUGUGCAUGUCAAGAAUAGCUGCAAAAAAGAAGUGUUCGAAAAUUCUCGCGUAAAACUUCAGGGCCAAUAUGUUUCAGUGCUUCCAGAAGCCAUGAAUAUAGACACCUUCCUACAGUGCGUGGACACUGCGGUUUUCCUAAGGUUGUGCGAAUCGCGGAACAUUGAUGUGGGACCUCCUCUUCGUGAACUAGAAGAACGUGUUCAGAACUAUUACGUGGAAAGAGAGUGUAGAAGAGCCGUGGAAAUUAACUUGAAAGAAUGCAAUCUAAAUGACGACAGUGAGGCAUUCGCACUUCUGGGCUGUCGACACAAUCAGGUCGCAACACUUCUACCUCGCGGUUGUGAGGCAAAAGCCAAGGAAGAAUUAACCAAGUUCGAGAAAUUCGUACUUCUCCAAGAACCACGUGACUACGAAGCUCUCCUGGAAGAUGGUCAUUUCCAAGACAAAGUAGUGCACCUGCUAAAGUUCGAGGGACCUCGUAAGAGACUCUUGUGGACAAAAUCAAAUGGUCGUCUCAGUCAUCUUCCAAUGACAGGAAGUGACUGUUACACUGAGGACGAGUUGUUGAACGUAAACGAGAAGGUUGUCAUAGUCUCUGCUGCACCAGGAAUGGGAAAGACUGUGCUGGCAUCUAGGUUGUGUACAGAGUUGAAAGCUCAACAAGACACAAGAACAAGACAAGACAACACAGACAAGACAAGACAGAACUCACACAAGAAGCGGUGGGUGCUCUAUGUCGACCUUCCUCAGAGAAUGGCAUUAGUCAAAACUGCGUCGCCUAGUCUGGGAUAUCUGGCGGAUCUGUGCCAAGUAGGAAAGGAUGGCCUGGAGUUCGCUUUCUUCGAGGAAAGCUUGAAGAAUGGAAGCCCUUUCGAGGUCGUCGUCAUGUUGGAUGGCUUCGAUGAAGUCAACGAGGAAUGCCGCAAGUGUGUGCUAAACCUUAUACUGUUUCUAGCUAACAAAAAAGUUUACAAGGUGUACCUUCUUACUCGCACUGUGUUUAAACCCCAUGUACAAGAUACCUUGCACACUGUGUCAUAUGACCUCGUUCCUUUUUCUGAUGAAAACCAGAAUGAAUUCCUCACAAGAUAUAGGGCCCAAAGAGAAACUCCAGCCACCAGCAAUGAGGCAUUUGUGCAAAAAAUCCAGCAACUGUACGGGACAUUGAAGAAGAAAAACAAAACAAUCCUAGAAACCCCUCUUCUACUUCGUAUGAUGGCUCAGAUAGAGAGCGGGGAAAUUACGAAGUCGGGCGAUUACUCUUCGUUGCUCAAAAUUGUUGACAUUUCCGGUGGAAGCAGUAUAUACACUGUACACAUCUACAAGAUGUUUGUCGAGUACAAGCACCUUGUGCACCGAAAAGAGAAGGUGCAGGAAGACAUCUCCCGAAGUGCUGUGCGAGGGGACAACCAUGACGCGAAGUCUCCAUUCUACGUAAACCAUAGUCUCCUGGCUAUGAAGUGUAUAUUUCCUCAGGAUAUAUUGAAGAACUUAUUGAAUGAAGACGAAUUACAGCAGUUAGAUCCUGAAGGAAAUUUCAUCACCGGCGUUGAUUCUUUCAAAGAAGGUUUUGUGAAUAGAAUUAACGAUGGAGGAAUUCCCGAGUUUGUUCAUAAGACUUUCGCCGAAUUUUUUGCAGCUCACUAUCUCCUGGAGAAGGCAAAGAUAAGGAAAAAAUCGAGCUAUUCGGAAAAAGUAGUAGAACUGUAUGGUAAAGAAGAAUACGAGGGUGUAAUGGUAUUGUUCGACGGACUGGCGUCUGCAUCCUAUCCACUUCACUCUGCCGUCAUAAACAACGAUGCUUCAUAUUUUGAGCAAUGUGAUAUUCAAACAAAAGACAUGCUGGUUGGCGAUGAGAUCAAAAGGACGCCAUGGCACAUAGCAGCACUGCAUUCUGAUAAAGCAACAUUGAAGAGGCUUCCAAUGGGUGAUGAACUAAUCCAGAAUGAUUUGUUUGAUAAGUCACCGUUGGGGUACGUGGAACUUUUUUCCCCAUGGAUGGAUGUUUUGUGGACUGAGACUUCACCUGUGAGACAGAGACUCAGCGUGUUAUGCACUCGAUGCAGUGAGGAAGCAGUGAAACAUUUUACCGAAAAUCUGCGCAGAUGUGAAACCUUCGAGCAAAAGAGAGGUUUUCUAGAGCGAGCAAUAUUCGCGGCUGUGAGACACGACCUACCAGGUGUUUUAGACGUGUAUCUGAGCUGCGUGUCCCCGAAAGAGAGUACCGUAAUUCUAGACGGAGACACCAUGAACCAAUUAGAAUCACGCAAGAAACGAAGCUUGAGAUGUUCUGCAGAGUCUUCGCUAAUUAGAAACCUUGAUAGUUUUACGGACGAUGACAAUAGAACUGUCCCUUUUUACGCAACGUCCGAGGUUGUUUGCAAAAUGCUCCUUCCAUACUGCGAUAUGGGAAUUCUUGAUAAUGAUGGAAACACAAUGUUGCACAUUAGCGCGGAAGAAGGAAAUCUGGAGACAACAAAGUUUUACCUCGCACAUAUUUCCGUUAACAAUACAAAUAGAUACUUUCAAACUCCUUCAUACUUGAGUAGAGAUGCAGAUAUUGUGAAGCAUCUUCCUGUUUAUCCCUCAGUGAAUGUUCUGGAUAUUGCUCAAAGAACUCCGAUGGAUAUAUGUGCAGAGAGAGAUGAUUUGGAGGUUAUGAAGUUGUUACUCCUUCGCACUCGGACAUGCGAUGCAUACCCUAUUAGAUUGAACACAACGCUUCAUGUGGCUUCUCACUCUCAUUCCCUUAAAGCUGUGACGUUUCUUCUACCUCACACAAAUGCGCACAUGCUUAACUACAAUGGAGAAACGUGCUUAGACGUUGCUAGGACAAAUUGGAAAUAUGGGAAGAGUUCGGGGUCCAAAAUUGUGAGGUGUCUCAUCCCACACUCGCUCGUAAACUCACCUAAAAUGUUCGGCUCAUCACCGUUGUACGUUUGGGCGAGACGUGGUGGAAGGAAAAGGAUGCAAACCCUAUGGCUUUAUUUGCGAAACAGUGACCCUAGGCAUGCACAGAGGAUCAGCAGAAGCUAUGAGUAUGUGCGGGUGAACGAGGAUUUCCAAGAAGAAAUUUGGUGUCUGAAACUUCUCUUCCUCCAUUUAGAUGUCAUCGUUGAUCCUGAUAGCCGCAAACUGCUAUAUGAUAUGGCCAUGGACAAGCUACGUGAGAUAAAAGAAGAACAUUUUAUUAAUUACAUGAAGUUGUUACUGCCGCAUUUAAAUCUCAGUGAGCAGGAUUAUGUAAAACGCAGAGUAAAAAAUGAUCACAUCGUUACCUUAUAUCGGGGAUGGUCGCACAUGAAUAACACCAAUGAUCCCCACAUUGACGAUGUCGACACGGAAAUGAUCGACGACGAUGACAAUAUGGAGUCUCUAAUAGAAGCAGAGGAAGUUGCGCAGACAGUUCACCAACGAGAACCUGUGUAA